CUUGGGACAAGCGUUACUUUUUCUUUUGCGCAACGACCGUUGCGCGCGUAUGUCCCUAGCUUUGCAUAAGGGGUGCGUAUCCAAGCUCCUCCGUCAGUCAGAGGUUCACCCUCCAUGCAGAUGGCCAGUCUGUUGACUCAAUCAGUGGACUGGCCACAUAUGAAUAGGACCGCUCGCUGGCCCUCAUACUGCAGAUCAAGAAACACAUACAUCCAUCAUAGUUCCCUCUGCUGCGCUGCGGCCAGCCCCUCCAGUUCCACUAUGAUGUUGUUGGCUUCAUGCCUGAGCCUCUCGAUGAGGCUCCUUCCCUCCUCGACGAGCACCGCGGCACUCUUGGUGACGUAGCCGGGGGUGUUGGGCCUGGCAUUGUCCGCAGGGCCGUUGUAGCGCUGGGAGUUCUGGCGGAUCAUGUCGAGAUCGGCCAGGAACUGGUCGAGUGACGCGUAGUGUUUGUUGGUGCAGUUCUUCUUGAUGCGCUCCAGAUUGAAGUGGUCCUUGGGCGCGAUGAACUGGUAGUAGUUGGGCGCCUGGUCCCUCGCCUCGUCCACCUCACGCGCAAACAUCUGACGGGCACGGGAGAAAGAUACGAGUGGUUCAAGCAUGGCAUAUGAUUGGACGGUCGAGUGUGCGUUGUUCUUGCUGUGGGUGUGCGAUCGUCACUCACGGUAAUGGGCACGAGCCCCUCAGCAGGCAUGCGGACUUCGGUGUAUCUCUUCUCGAUGAGCUCAAUCAGACCCUUGAGACACACGUUGAAGUGAUACAGAGGCAGCUUGUAGUGCUUGCCCUGCAUGUUGCCGCGAUCUGUGACAACACAAUCAAUGUAUGUACCAACAAGAGUAAUGAGUACAAACGUGUACGCUUUCUGCAUAUACUUACAUAUAUCGAGCGGGUCGGCCUCCUUGCGAGAUGAGUAGAGCUCCCUCUCGCGUAUGAGUAGCAUCUGCAGGGCCUGUUCGUCCUUGAUGCGGUCGGCCUCCUGCUUGAGAUUUUGGAUCUGGCGAGUGUUGGUGGCGCGGAGGAUCUUCUCUUGCAGGGUGGCGCUGUCGGCUGCGGCCUGCAGGAGGGCGCUGUCGGGUUUGACGGGCUUGGCCUCGAGCUCCAGAUCCAGACCCACGGCCUGCUGCCGCUGACGGGCCAACAGACGGAACUGAACACGCACAGACAAGUGUAUCGAUGAGUGAUGUCUUCCGUCCGUCUGUUCGCAUUACCUUGGCUUGCUUGCGUGCGUCCCUUUUGGCCCUCCAGCUGAGGAACGCGGCGAUGCGCUCUUCGCCGUAGAUGUAGACCGACUUCUCAGUGAGUUUGUUACCAUCGCCCUUGACCCGCUUGGUCCACUUGAUGCGCGGGACGUACCGGUAGUGCUGCCCACCAAACGCACCCCCGCCACGCGCCUUCUUGAAUUCCUCCAGACGCAGCUUCUCAAGCGCCUCGUUGUCAACCUCAGACUCGCCCUGAAGGCAUGCGAGAAAAAUGAAACUGUAGCUUUGCUGUGGCAUUCCCUUCUUUUCUCUUCUGCUCACGAAUUUGCGUUUCCUCGGCUGUUGUGACUCUUUGGCCAUGUGAGCCUCGAUGCCGCCCUCCAAGUCAGCCAGCAGGUCAUCCUGGUCGUCCAUAUCCUCAUCGUUGGCCGGACCAGCCCCCAGCGCACCCAUGCCGCCUCCUGCUGCUGCCGCUGCAGCUGGUGCGGGUCCGUCGAAGGGGAAGGCCUUGCCUUUGCCCUUGCCGGACCCCACGCCGCCCGCCAUGGCGCCUGCGGUGCCGCCCUCCAGGUCCAUGGCUCGCCGCUGGGGGGGCAUUGGGUGGUCAGGUGCUUCCUCCUCCUCUUCGCUGUCUGGUGGGUUGUGGUGUGAGAGGGCGAACUCCUGGUUGUGGAAGAUCUCCUGCAGACGCUUCAGGUAGUGGUGACGCGACUCGCCCUUCUUGCUGUCGUCGCGACUCCGCAACUGGUGGCCAUACAGAGGCAUACGCAGACUGACAUUCAUGUCUUUAUGUGGGUGGUGGUUGUUACCAGGCUGACGAGGUCCCAUCGCUUGAGGGUCUUGACCCUCUCCCACUCGUAUCCGUAUCGCAUCAGUCGGCGCCGCAGGUCUGGUUCCUUGAGCCUGCGGUAGUCCUCGGUCACCCUCUUGCUGUCCUUGGUCUCCUUGUCCUCCUUCUUCUUGCUCUUGCGCUUCAGGAAACUCAGACCCUCACCGCGACCUGCUGACGGCUCACCCGGACCAUUGAGCACAAACUGAAACGACUCGUGCGUCUUGCCAGCCUGACGACGCAACACGAGAUAAUCCACGGACGCUACCGCAAAUGUGCAUGUGUGCCACGUCUGCUUCCUUCUCACCUUGGUUCUCCUGACGUCUUCACAGACAACGUGGUAGUUCUCAGCCAGGUUCCACGGCGAGAUGGCAAGCGUCUCCUCCACAUAAGUGAUGAGCUGAGUGAAGUCCUCGCGCGCAGUCACAGACAGCGACGAACGGGAGUGGCCCUCGUAGUUGCGCAAGCUCACGGGGGGCAGCGGCCGCAUCCCGCCGUCAUCCUCCCCCUCCUGCCGUGUGGUGCUGCUGUACUUGCGCAUGGCCUCCAGCAUAGCCCGUGCUGCGUCCUGCCCCCCGGGUUCGAGCGCCCGGUCACGUGCGAGGGCGUUGGCCUUCUCGGUGCGCUCGACAUGGGUCAGGAACAGCUUGAUCAUGCGGAACACGUGGGGCUGCAGAGGGGCAAGGAAAGGGAUGCAAAUGUGACUAGCCAUCGAAGGGGGUAGGGAGGGGGCUGUUGUCACGUGUUACCAUUUCGUAAGCAGGUAUGCGUUUCAGGCCAGCAUCCAGGAGCCGCUUCACACCGACCUCGGCACUCUCAAAUGCACACACCUGCAUAGCGCAUUGAGAACAUACGAUGGUCUGUCCAGUCGAUUCGCGUGCUAUGGCUGACCUCCAUAGGGUUGAGCAGUCUCCUGAGGGCGAGUUCCCUGGUGUCUAGGUUCUCGACAUCGCCCCUCUCGUUGAUGAUGAAGUCCCUGAGUGGCUUGGGCAGCCACUUGGCGUCCUCCAUGAGCAGCACCUGGCGCAGCUUGUCCAGCGGCAUGUGAGACAGGUGACGAUCCACCCUGAACUUGCGCUCGAUCUUCUUGCGCCACUCGUCUUCCUCGCUCUGAGGACGCUCCUGUAUGUGGAAACGAGCACUGACCACACACGGACAGACGGACAGACAGAAGGACCCAGGCAGAGAGUUGAAGACGCGUCUAUGCAGGGUAUCGUGUUGUGCGUCUGUGCGCUGACCGCUGGUAGUAGGCGAGCAUGCGUUUGAGGUUGUAGACGGGCGGUGGGUCCUUGCCGGGCGGGGCUGGUGCACUGACGGCCGCCAUGGGCUCACACUGCCCCACCGUGUACACGGCACACGACAUGGGAGCGGUCUUGCCGUCACCACCCACACCGGUGAGCGGGCGUAUCAUGAACUGCACGUUGCAGAGGGGCAGCUCGUCCUCGUACUUCUGCUUCUUCUUGGGCCGGUGCUCGUCGUCUGGACUGCGGUAGACGGACAGAGGUUUGGCCUCGGUGUUUUUGAAGUUGGAUAUGAGGAGGAAGUGAUUGGAGAGUGGUGGCGACUUGGGGUGUGUGGCCUUGUGGCACCAGACGGGCCCCUUGAAGACGCCCUCGGCGAUGGAGAGGGCGUGGUGGGGCUUGGCGCGGAUCUGGUGCUCCAACAGGGGGUACUUGGGCUCUUUGACGUUGAAGGAAUGCACCUGGCCAUAUGGACCCAGACGGGCCUGCUGCUCGGGAGAUAUCUCACCCCUGCCAACAGACAGACAGACAGGACAUACAACCAGACGCACUAGUGGAGGAGGUGCCCGCGUGGGGGCCCCGCUGUAAAGUACCAUUGGUAUUUGGUGAUUCGUAUGCCCAUGCCGAAUCCGCUGAGCAGGAGGGGAUGCUGCUCAAUGAACUCCAAUACCGCCAUGGGCAUCGUGUCACUGCACAGACACACAUUGUGCAGGUAUCCAUCCAUCUAUCUGCCUUGAGUGUAAGCGGACGUCCACCUCAUUGAGAGGCCAGUGAAGUCCAUGAAUGGGUCUGUCUCGGGCACCUCAUCUGCCCCUUCACCCACCACUGGCGGGGGAGGAACGGCACAACUGCACAGCCGAGAACACAAACGGACACAGAUAUGUCGCAGUACGGCACACGUGGACUUCGUGAGAGCAUCGCUGACUUGAUAUCGAACGGCGGCGCCUGGGGGUACUUUUUCAUGUAUGAGUGCAACAGCGCGGCCACGGCCCUGAAGUCUGGCCGAUGCCACCAGGCGAGGUCCUUGAGCUGCCACACGAGCCGUGUGCCCUCUCCCCGCCACCCGUUCAUGGUGUGCAUGGCCAGGCCACCCUCGGGGCCCUCCAUGAUGCCCAGCCCGCCGUCGAGCCUGUCGCGGAACAGUUGUGUUCGCGCCUCGUAGAAGGUGUCGUGCGACACAUGUGGGUGGUAGGGGGCGGGCAUGGAGGCCAACUCCUCCUGAAGGGCGUCUAACACAGCCAGGUGGAACUCCUCGGGGGCGGGUGCGUCCAGGGGAAGGUCCUCCACCUGACGGAUCGAUGGAUGGACACAUAGGACAAGAGAGAAAUCAUAGGCCCUUGCUUGUAUCAGGGUUUCCCGUCCGUUGCCUCGCCUGAUUGAGCGCCUCAGCGUUGGGCAUCCCAUUCAGAGCCGACAGCUGACAGCGGGCACGGAUGUGACCUGGCAUGCCAGUGGGCGACUGAACACGGACAGCAAUGGGCAGGCUUGUCGUGUGCACAUCCCUUGGGUCCGGUGCGUCUCACCCGUUCAUCCUGGUCCUCUUGCUGUUGUUGCUGUGCCUCUCGUUUCUUCUCCUCCCGCAACUUCAUCCGGAAGUCGUGUCGCGCCUUGCUCCAGCUCCAUAUCUCGUACCAGUCGCGAUAGGUCGGCUCGUCGUGCCAACUCUGAUCAUCCAUCCAAGGCGAACAGCGACACGGACACAGAUGCAUCCACGUGAUGUCCUGAUUGUGGGUUUCUUUAUCCGCUCCCCUUGGUUACGUCUUUGUGGUCUUUGGUUGGCGGACCGUGAUCGAGCCAGCUGACACGGAAGGGGAAGAUCUUCCCGAGACCCUCUGCCAACGGGCGACAAGUACAUCGAUAUGUGUCGAGUAAUGACAUCACCUUCAGAAAGCCAUACCUCUCAGCAGUGCCGCUCGUCGCUGCUCCUCCUCACUCAUGCGCUCAACCUCCUCAUACCUGGCAAAGGAACAUCAUGAUGCCACUCGUGACAUGCGAAAGACCCAUCAAGUGCCUGAGACGAUGGCCAUUGCGCCGCCCACCUCCUCUCGAAGGCCUCGUCAGCCAGCCGACUCCUCUUGCUUCUUGGCGACAUGGCAUCCGCAGCAGCUUUCUUGACCUCAGCCUUGGCCUCCUCCUCGCCCGCAUCCGCAUCCGCAUCCACAUCCACAUCCAUGUCACCAGCACCCUCUCCCUCACCUCUGCCUCGCUGCUCAUCAGCAUCCUGAUGCCCGUCCUGACCUUCUGGCUCCUGUUUGCCGGCUGCUGAUGUGGCCUCGUUGUCGGACGAUGACUUAGGAGUUUGAGGGGCCUUGGGAGGGAGGGCUGCACGAACGGCGGGAGGGACAGAUGAUGUUGCGUUAGCUUCGCCCCAGAGGUCGGCCAUUGGCGAGCGGGAGGCGUCAGCAGUGAUGGAAAGGGCUUGAGUAAGGUCCUGCAAGGACAAAAGGAAACAGGGACACGAACAUCGGUGCCCAGGCGCACGCUCAUAGAGCAAUGUAUAGAGCUGUCAUGUACGUAUCGUUCAGCCAGACAAUCGAGCAUGUCGAUCAGCGCCAUUAGGGCGAUAAUCAGAUGCAAAUUACCCUUUCUCUUUGUAUCAUCAUAACUACCCACAUCUACACGGCCCACAUAUCUCCCCCUCCCUUACCGGUGCAGGAGCCAGGUUGGGUAUCCUCUGUGCUGCAUUGCUCAUCUCGUUCUGUGUCCUUCGCGAGUCGAUGCUUCUGGCGUCGUCUUCGUCAUCUCGUGCUAUCGACGACACGUCGUCACGCACACGGGGAGUCUCUGCAGGAACGAACAGAUGUAUGUACUUGUAAUAUGGUUUAGACCUCUGAAUGCUCCUGAGGCAGACCUGAUGCCUCGAUGACGUCUUCGAGCCGCAGCUGAUCAUCGUCGCCACGGGGGGAGGGACCUCCAGACGAUGACUGACAAUGGAUGAAUUCACAACACACGGGGCGAAGCUCAUCUACCGAACCGCAUUUCUACGCAGCUACCUUCCGCGAGAUCUGACGUCGAAGGGAUCUGUGGGGACUCUCUGCAUGAACAGCAGGCACACAACCAUUUAGCGUCCAUUUCAUGCUUCGGCCUGCCUGCGUACCCGUCCUCUGCGAUCUGUGUCGUCGAGGGAUCACUCGGUGGACGGCGGCGUCAGGAGCUGCUGGUGUACCACCAUGGUAACUGUACCGACCUAUGACAGACGAAGCCGAGCGCUGCCAAGGCCCAAAACAUGCACGUUCUGUCCUGCACUCACUUCUCGGCCUUGGUUUCGCCACCCGUAUCUGCCAGGGAUGCGUGAGUUGUAGCGGAGCCUGACGCAGUAGCUCCAGAUAGGAUAGCCCUGCCUCUCUCUCAUUCAUCUUCAUUCUUUUGUGUGUUCAGUGUCGCCCUAACUGUCGCGUGAAACACAACUCGCGUGGAAAUGGAUUUACUUCGCGGCCUCUCUUUCCUAGUCAGCUGUCGAGGCAAGAUGACAACAGCAGACGAAGGAGAAGUCAACAACACCAUCGAUGACAUAUGUGGUUGCAUACGUCGUUGUGCUUCUCGUGAUCCCGGCAGUCAACUGAUGAGAUUAUGAAGAGGAGGACAGCCGCGGUAUGUCUCGGAGGACUGGCGGUGGCCACGGCCUCCUGGUGCUGGCUGGCCAUCUUUGAGCCGGCGCUGCUCACGAGGAUGCGGAGAGGCGUCUGGGUGGUCUACCUCCUCCCCUUCGGGCCUCGCCACAUCUGGGAUAGCCUGCAUGCAAGCGCUACGAACGAAGGCGGCCUGUGGCACUACGAAAAGAAUGUUCACCGCGAGUUUGAUGAUUACAUCUCGAAGACCCAUC